AUGCUGAAAGCCCUGGAGUUUGCGCAAGAGUGGAUUCAGCUAUUAAUGUUGUGUGUCUCAUCGGUGCGGUACACCAUUCAGGCGAAUGGCAAAGGCGUGGGAACAGUUUGUCCAACAAGGGGCAUCCGUCAAGGGGACCCAUUAUCCUCGUACCUCUUUAUUAUAUGUGCAGAGGGGCUCUCCAUUUUGCUGCAACAGGCGGAAGGAUGUGGGGACAUUCAUGGUAUAGCGAGGGGGGCUCCGUCCAUCUCGCACUUAUUCUUCGCAGAUGAUAGCCUCCUGUUCUUUAAGGCUAAUCAACGCAAGGCCCAAAAGGUUAAAGAAUGCUUGGAAAAGUAUAGCGGAGCUUCAGGACAAUUAAUAAAUUUUGACAAGUUUUGUGCUGUGUUCAGUCACAAUACCACUGCCGAUCAUUGGAGGCUAGUGUCUGCAUGCGUAGGGGUGCGCGAGUUGGCCGACUUUGGUAAGUAUCUUGGAUUACCAUCGGUGCUGGGCAGAAACAAAAACGCCACGUUUCACUACAUUGAGGCUAGGAUCCGAGAACGGAUGGGGAAUUGGCAGCACAAAUUUUUAUCCAAGGCAGGCAAGGAGGUUCUUCUCAAGAGCGUUGCUCAGGCGUUACCGAUCUUCACUAUGUCGGUUUUCCUUUUGCCUACCCGAACUUGUGAUUCGAUUGAGAGACUCUUCAAUCGUUACUGGUGGGGUGGAAAUGGAUUAAACGCAAGAGGGAUACAUUGGCUAAGCUGGGCGCGUAUGUGCUUGCCAAAAGAUCGAGGCGGGCUUGGGUUCAAGAGACUACACCAUUUCAACGUGGCACUCUUGGCUAAACAGGGCUGGCGAUUGAUGGUUCACCCUGAAUCAUUGGUCGCUAGACUUCUUAAGGCCAAGUAUUUUCCUCAUUGUGAGUUUCUGGACGCGAGCUUGGGAAGGAAUCCGAGUUCCAUUUGGCGCAGCAUUCUGGUCGGGCAACAGAUUCUUCGCAAGGGAGCAGCACGUCGAAUAAGCAAUGGAGCAGACACUAACUUAUGGGAUUGGUCGUGGUUAGCUAAUGUAACAAAUCCGUCUCUCAUCACUCCGGUCAUAGAGGAGCUGCAGGAUGCGAUGGUGAGCGGAUUGCUCACAAGCCAGGGCGAUUGGGACACAGAGCUUCUGGCGUACAUUUUUUACACAGGCGAUGUUCGACGAAUUAUUGCUACACCAACUGCAGUGCACAUUCCUGAUUCCUGGCGCUGGGUGGGUGUCUGGGUGACAUGA